CAGAGAGAGACCUUAGGAGAAAACUCUGACCAGCUUCUUCUGCACUCUGAACACUGAACCUAAUUUACUGACUUCUUGGCACUAAGUCAAUUUUCAGACGACUCUUUCUGCCUUGGAAAGAGCCAAGGAAAAAGGCGUCUCCUGCUGGCCAAAUGAGCUAGGAGUACAGCCGAGGGGCCUCAGGAGAGCCAUGGAACCCCAGAAGCUGGUGAAUGUAGGAUUUCUGCUGUGUUCCGUGAACUGCCUCUUGUUAGAGACUGUAGCUUCCCCCGCAUCACCUUUAUCUGCCUCUGAAACACAAGACGCACCAGGAUGGAAACCACGGUCAAGGGGUGUGCUUGCCGUGAGGAUGAAUCUUCCCAUCACCUCCGGAAGACGUAAGAUUCAUGUCUCAGAAAACCACAGGUCCUGGCUGAGCAACUUCAGGAAUUACUUGCAGGAUCACAUCAAGAACUCCAUACCUUCAGCAGCCAUUUUUGCUUUUCUGAUCACUGCAACCAUGAUGGGGAUCCUCUGUUGCCUCACGAAUUAUACAUGGAAAAUAUCUAAUUACCUAUGUGUUCAAUUGCCUGAAACUCUGCCACAAAAUUUAUCUAUGUAAAUCAUAUGAAGUCAGAGAGAUUCGUGAAAUAGUUAACAAAAUAAACAUAGCUAGGAAAACCUAAAUUUUAUUAAUUGUCUGGUGGGUCAAUGCUAUGGUGGGAGACAGAGUCCAAGGCGGGGAACCUAUGAAAACAUGAGAUGGGAUUAAAAAGGCUUUGCCUGCUAAAGGACUGUUCAAAGUGCACAAGCUAAUAA